GGUCUCUGGUUUGGAGUAUUUUCUCAUUAAUGGGAAACUUCAACCACACCUCAGUGGUGUGAGUCAUUUCCACUCUCAGCUCUCCGCGCAAGAGUUGCUUCACUCCAGCUGCUUACUGGGGCUCUCGUUUACCUCUAAGACUCAUCUGUAACAGCUCUGCCUCAUAUAAACACCACACUCCUACAGAUUCAACUGGAAAUCAGGGACCCAGAAUAACUGAGGGAAUAAGGGGUCUUGUAUAUAAACUUAAAGCAAAGACAUCAACAAGGAUUCUGUCAGUGAUCAGGACAGAGGUUCUUGGACGAGCCACGGUUUAUAUCGCUGGGUGCUGAGGAUUAGAUUCUCUCUCUAUCUUGUCUCUAAACGGCCUGCAGGGGUGGCGAGAGAGAGGGGGGGGGAAAUCCAACCGGUGCACGCCGGAGAUGAGUGCGUUCUGGCAUAAGAUCGGCUGCUGCGUGGUAGCCAAACCUCCUCCGAAGAAGAAACGAAGGAGAAUUGACCGUAGCAUGAUCGGAGAGCCCACAAACUUCAUUCAUCUGACACACAUAGGCUCUGGUGAAAUGGCAGAUGGCAUGCAGCCGUCUGGCCCAAUACAGGAACAAAUGAGAUCCAAAAGUGGCCUCAAUGCUAAUGGGACGAAACAGCUUGUUAUAGCCUCUUAA